UUUUCACUCCCAUUGACAGUGCUCUUAAUAUUUUGUAUUGUAUCUUCUACAGGUUACGUUUUGUCGAAUAAAAUUGACGCCUCACAAAAACGCAAGCAGGCAAACGAGCGCAUCGUUCGCCGCCCAUCAGACCAUAGCUCCCCGCCUGCGGUGCGAUUGUAUUGCUUUUCUCUGGUUGGUAGGUCGUUUUUUUUCGUUUUAACGUACUGAAGGCAGCAUGUCGGAUCGAUUGACUCGUAUUGCAAUUGUGAGCUCUGAUCGUUGUAAGCCUAAAAAAUGCCGUCAGGAGUGCAAGAAGAGCUGUCCUGUUGUUAAGACUGGGAAACUAUGUAUUGAGGUGACUUCGGCAUCCAAGCUUGCUUUUAUCUCAGAGGAACUGUGCAUUGGAUGUGGUAUUUGUGUCAAGAAAUGCCCUUUUGAAGCAAUUCAGAUUAUUAAUCUCCCGAAAGAUCUUGACAAGGAUACAACUCACCGUUAUGGCGCCAAUACUUUCAAGUUACAUAGGCUACCUGUCCCGAGACCUGGUCAGGUUCUUGGCUUGGUCGGAACAAAUGGUAUUGGGAAGUCAACUGCUCUAAAAGUUUUGGCUGGAAAAUUGAAGCCCAAUCUGGGGAGGUUCAAUAACCCACCUGACUGGCAGGAAAUUUUAACGUACUUUCGUGGAUCAGAACUGCAAAAUUAUUUCACACGCAUAUUGGAGGAUAAUCUGAAGGCUAUUAUCAAGCCCCAGUAUGUGGAUCAUAUUCCAAAGGCAGUUCAGGGAAAUGUUGGCCAGGUUCUAGAGCAGAAAGAUGAGAGAGAUAUGAAGGCUGAACUAUGUGAAGAUUUGGAGCUGAGUAAAGUUUUGGAUCGUAAUGUGGGAGAUUUAUCAGGUGGUGAAUUGCAGAGGUUUGCAAUUGCAGUUGUGGCUAUACAGAGUGCUGAGAUAUAUAUGUUUGAUGAGCCUUCAAGUUAUUUGGAUGUGAAGCAAAGGCUUAAAGCUGCCCAAGUUGUUAGAUCAUUGCUUAGGCCAAAUAGCUAUGUCAUUGUGGUGGAGCAUGAUCUUAGUGUUUUAGACUAUCUUUCAGACUUCAUCUGCUGCUUAUAUGGAAAACCGGGUGCAUAUGGAGUUGUUACUCUGCCAUUCUCUGUUAGAGAAGGAAUCAAUAUAUUCUUGGCAGGAUUUGUACCCACAGAGAAUCUUCGUUUCCGCGAUGAAUCUCUUACUUUUAAGGUUGCUGAGACACCUCAAGAUAAUGCCGAGGAGAUUGAGACAUAUGCUCGAUACAAGUACCCCACCAUGACAAAAACUCAAGGUGGUUUUAAGCUUCGUGUUAUGGAGGGUGAAUUUACAGAUUCACAGAUUAUUGUGAUGUUGGGAGAAAAUGGAACAGGAAAGACAACUUUUAUUCGUAUGCUGGCUGGUCUAUUGAAGCCGGAUACUGUGGAAGGCUCUGAUGUGGAAAUACCUGAAUUCAAUGUUUCUUACAAGCCCCAGAAGAUCAGUCCAAAGUUCCAAAAUACUGUGAGGCACCUAUUACAUCAAAAGAUAAGGGAUAUGUAUCUUCAUCCCCAGUUUGUUUCAGAUGUUAUGAAGCCUCUUCAGAUUGAGCAGUUAAUGGAUCAAGAAGUUGUGAAUUUAUCUGGUGGAGAAUUGCAGAGAGUUGCAUUAGCUUUGUGCCUUGGAAAGCCGGCAGAUAUCUAUUUGAUCGAUGAACCAAGUGCAUACUUGGAUUCCGAGCAACGUAUUGUGGCUUCAAAAGUUAUAAAGAGAUUUAUUCUCCAUGCGAAGAAGACUGCAUUUGUUGUCGAACAUGAUUUUAUUAUGGCAACAUAUCUAGCUGAUAGAGUGAUUGUGUAUGAAGGGAUGCCGUCAGUGGAUUGUACUGCAAAUGCUCCUCAAUCAUUGUUGACUGGAAUGAAUCUUUUCUUAUCUCAUUUGGAUAUCACAUUUAGAAGAGACCCUACUAAUUAUCGUCCAAGGAUUAACAAGCUAGAAUCCACAAAGGACAGGGAGCAGAAAUCUGCAGGAACUUAUUAUUACUUGGAUGAUUGAGAUUGAUGUUUGGUUCAUCCUUCCAACUAUUUCUUCAGUGUUCUUAUUUACUUUCCUUAAUGGUAAAGUUUCAUUCUAUUAAUCAAUUGUGUUUGUGCGUGCAAUUUUCUAAUACUUAGUUUUUUGCAAUUGUUAAGAGAGAGCAUCUAUGUUCUUUCUUUGUUGUUCUCGCUGUUGUCAUUUUCUUAGCCAUUUGGAGUCCUUGUACAAUCGGUAAAUUUUGCAUUUCCAUGUUGCUGAACUUAUAAAAGUUAUUUUGCUAUCAUUUUUUUCAAUGGAUUUCAUUUUUCAGUUCUAACUCACCAUUUUCCUUAUUUUCAAAUUUCUAAAUUUUUGCAACGUUCAUCGACAACUUCUGAUAGAUAGUUUAGCUAUGCUCGAUGCUGAUUGUAAUUCACCCAAAUGUUAGUAAUUAUGAAAGAAUAAUCUUUGCAAAUUCCAUAUUACAUAGCGCAUGCUGCUUGCUCCACCAUAAACAUUUGCCAUUUCUCCAUCUUGAUGAUUUCAUUUCUUUUGUUGAUUUGUGUUUCCUACCAGCUGUAGUCUCAAUUCCAAGUGUUCUGACUUUUGCUGUUUCAGGAGUCUAUGGUAAGCUCUCAAGGAUGUAUUGCACAAAAGUGUUAAACGUGCUGCUGAUUAUCUUUUUGUCGAUAUGUCAAAGAAGGGGGGUGAUGAGCUGAAAAUCGUUUCUCUCGUUUCAUCUUUCAUACAGACAUAUGCUUCUGAUCAUUACUAUGUAGCAUUAGAUCUCUUCUGUUAUGAGCAAUUUUGCACUGAGUUUGGGUUGGCAGCUUGAUAAAUCGGCAGAUUAGAUUCUAAUUAGUGACUAAUAAGUGGAUUUUGCCGAGGCCAAUUUUGGUUUGAUCAGAUUUUAUUUAAUACUUCACAUCUGACUAAGUUGGUUGGUAUUCCUAUCACUAAUAGAAUGAAAUGCGACGUUUUGAGUUGUUUUGUGUUUAA